AUGACGCUCUCGAAUGGGCAGCCGUCGCUUUUGGACAUUGCCAAUGAUGCAGCUGCAGAUGCGCUGUUGGUGGAGUACCUCAAGCUCCGUGGAGUGAAAACAGCAGCCACACUGGCCCUGUUAGCCACAGAUGAUGCUGACCUUGACCGCGUGCUCAUUCAGCCUUUUCUGUCAGGGUGGAAGCGUGAUGAUGGCUCUAUCCUACAAGUUGGAGACUCUGAGAAACCGAUAGCGCGAGCAGUGUUUUUACACAUGUGGCAAGUGGCUCGCCAGCAUUGGCGCAAACAGAUGACGGUGACGGCCCCAGUCACCUCAACUACCACAACGGCCAGCCCUUCUGGAGCUACACCUGCUGAUGAUAAGAUACCCAAGACCUUAGCUCCUGGCAGAUGGACUUCACUUCUUGCAGCAUACCAAUCGCAACAAAUCGGAGGCAGGGACCGGAUUUUUCCGGUGCAGGAGUUGUUAGGCACAGAAGCGGUGUUGGCUCGAGUGCUGCACGAGCACGAGAACUCCAAGCUCUACACCCCCAUCCAAUUGGGGGAGUUGAUCUCCUUGCGGACCUUUCUUCCAACCGGAGAACCAAAUCCUCUGGCCAAGAAGGAUCGAGCAACCACCAAACUUCAGCUGACUGGUGGAUCUUUGGUUGAGACGGCCGAUGAACCAUGGCAGCCACGGUCCAUUCUGGCCAUUUUGGCCAUUGAGACCUUUUUCCAAUGGCUCACACGACUGGCUCGCAGUCGGCCGCAGAAGACCGACCAGUUCAGCCAAUUCUGGUUGUCUACGAGCUGGCGUUUGGCAAUGGAGAUGCGGGCAGGUCGCACGUUUGAUGAAGCGACACCCAGUUUGAUGAGAGACUUUGAUGCCUUCUCAGAGUGCAUGGCAAGAGAGCCGAGCUCAACGGUCAAGAGGGUUACGACACCUACCAGGCCCACUUCGGACUCCAAGGGUCGAGGCAAAGGCAACAGCAAAGGGGGCAAGAACAGCCGCUAUGCACCAUACCAGCGCAACUCCAGUGGCUACAACAAGCCUUGGUCUCAGUACGCAGACCGCCUUGACCGGUCUUCACCACGCUCCAUGCCAUCUCCGGAAGACAAGCAACAGACAUGGAACCGGGAUGCCUGGCAGGGAUCCGAUCUUUUUCAACCAAUUGAUGAACAGGUCAUUCUUUUGAGUUGCUUUGAUGGCAUUGGAACACCGGCUUUGAUUUUGAAGGAGUUGACUGCAGGUUUGGCGCUGCACAUCGUGUGGGAGAUUGAUUCAGAUUGUCUUCAAGUUCUUGGGCACCAUCAUCCUUCUGCGCAGCUCCGAGGAGACUUUCUGAAGGAUGAUCCUCAACAGGACGCUCCUGGAGCCCGUGGUCAGGAAGGCCAAAAAUUCACCGCCUUCUGUGCCUUCUGCAAUAAGAUUGAGAUGGCAAUACCUCACCUACGUGUGGGCUAUCUCACGGAGAAUGUCAUCAUGAAAAAGGAGGAGGCGGAUCACUUUUCAGCUCGCCUGGAUUGUCAGGCAGUGAUUUGCGACAGUUCAGAUCUUGGCUUGAUCAAUCGCCCGAGACUUUGGUGGACUCGGAUCCCUUGGUCCAAGUUGCGCAACAGCCCUGUCACAGGUCGACCACUACGAUGGAGCAAACGCGACAAACACCAUCGUCUACACCAAGAUGGCCCUCUCCAAGAAGCUCAUGAACUGGACCUUGGAGAUCAACAACUUUGCCAGAGUGUGGUGGAACACAAGGCGCGAGUGCCGUGCUUUACCACGCCAGCCCCUCAGGAAGGGGGCAGGCCAGCGCCCAAAAGAUUGAGGGGCCGCAUGUCACCACAGGAGCGGGCCAGGUGGAUUAGUGAUGACAGAACAUUUGCCCCCUGGCAAUAUGCUGAUGAAGCUUUGACUCGCGGUCCUGACGGCUCCUACUCGGUGCCAACUGCAGAGGUGAAGGAGCAAUUGCACCAACUUCCAAUGACAUACACGAAGAUCGGCACAGUCAAUGAGCGAAGCCGCCACAGACUGAUAGCCAACGGUUGGCAUGUAGGUACAGCCAAGUUCAUGUUCAUGUUAGUGCUGCAAGCCGUUCUUCUGCUACCUCGAGCCGCGAUACCGCCCUCACCUCAGCGGUCUGCGUUGCAAAUCAUGGUAGGGUACUUGGAACCUUUUCCACCAGCAUUGGGCCCGGGCAACUGGCCACUGCAACCGGCAAGUACACCGAAGAUGUCAGAUCACUGGGAUCACUGGCGCAUGGCCAUUGACACACCACACCCACUGAUGCAACCACCUCGUUUGGAACCGGGUUGGCAACAAUGUUUAGAUCUCCAGGUCUUGAUCGGAGGCAGUUUAUCGCGCCUUCGUUGUGAAGUGGUCCAAGAAGUCCAACAGAUGAUUGAAGAUGCAACCGCAGACACGAUGCAAUGGUGGCAGUCACUGCCGCCUCAUGUGGCACAGGUCUACUAUGACAAGGACAAUGACCAGAUCGCUCAGAUUCCCAUCUUGCUGCAGUUGCUUCAACUGGUGGGCAUGCCGGAUCUUGCAAUUCUGGAAAAAGACUUGACACAAGGCUUUGCCAUGUUGGGGACUUUGAACUCCGGCUCAGGCUGGCUGCCACGCACAGAUGGGAGGUAUGACCAUCCCAUAGACACUGCUGCCUUCAAACGCCACAACAAGAACUACACGAUGACAAAACUACGUAGUCAACGGGUUGACCCGGAAUGGCAGACCAUGCUGACAGAGCUCAUCAAAGAGCUUGACAAAGGGCGCAUGAGCGGCCCGUACAAGGCUCCUAGUUGGUGGCCCUUUCCAUCCCGAAGUCUCCCAGGUCGUGAGUUGCUCUCUCUGCCAUGCGAAGAGGCUUGCUUUGCUUUUUCUUUUUCUGUUCGGCAGACGGACAAGGUUCGCAGAUGUGAAGAUUUUCGACGCAGCGGGCACAAUGGCACCAUUUUGGCCAAGGAUGUGCCAUACCACCAUGACAUUGCCUCAUUUGUCAAUUUGGCCAGGGCCCAAGCUACGAUGACUGAUUUGUCAUCCAUAUGGGCUCAAGACUUGGCUGGAGCAUAUCGGCAAUUUCCAGUCCGCGAACCCAAUGAUUGCUUCUGCGUCCUGAUGACGCCAGACGGUGCCCUCAUUUUGAGACACCAUGCCAUGAUGUUCGGAGCAGCCAGCUCCGUCUGGAACUUCAACAGAGCAGCCGACAGCUUGAUGUUCCUAUGCAGGAGACUUCUGGCAGUUUCAGUGGGACACUACGUUGAUGACUUCAUUGGAAUUGAACCGGGCCACUUGGUUGUCAGCGGCUUUGAACAGUUCACAGCCCUCACACGAGCGCUUGGCUUGAGAAUGAAAGAGGCCAAGGCAUUGGCACCGCAACCCAAGCAGAAGGUUUUGGGCAUCUUGAUGGAAAUUGAACCAUCUCAGAUCGUGUUGCGCCCACACCCAGACCGUUGCGCAAAAAUGAUGGCUUCGCUCCAACGAAUUUUGCGAGCCAACCACCUGACCAAUGAGGAGGCCCAACACAUAGCAGGGAAGAUGAAUUUCCUUGCUUCAACCAUGUUUGGACAACUAGGCCGAGCAGCAUUGCAACCAUUAUAUGCACGAGCUCAUGGCCUGGCUCUAGAUGACAAAGGAUACCAACUCAACCAUCCUUUGCGAGCAGCUCUUCGCACUCUUCACUCCUUGUUGUCAGAUGUUCAACCACGACAGAUUCCACGGAAUGUACAUCGGAAGACAGCAGUUCUUUACACUGAUGCUUAUUUCGUGAUGAACGGUGUCAAACACCAAAUAGGUUCCAACAACAUUCCCAGCAAAUGGCAACCGAAGAGGUGUCCGAACUUUGAGAAUGGUUGGGGCUACGUGUUGCACUUUGACCACCGCACAUACUUUGCUGCGGGCAGACUGCCGCCAUUUCUUAUUCAGCGGUUUUGCACUCGCAAAGCAUACAUUUAUUUCCUUGAGAUUGCUGCACAGCUCAUUGGCUUUUUGGCACUGAAGUCCUUCGAUGUAAUUUUGGUGACCUCAUACAUUGACAACACUUCGGGACUCUUUGCCUUGCAGAAAGGCUACUGCAAGGAUCCUGCCAUUUGCAAUAUGGUAGCGGUUUGCUGGCGCUUCAUAGCCAAGAUGGGUUGGCACCUCAACCUCGAAUGGGUUGCAUCGGCUGAUAACAUGAGUGAUGCCGUGUCGCGUCACAAAUUUUAUGACAUGAUCUCACUACAAGCUGAGGAACAUUCACUCUGCUUGCAAGGCCUUUUCACGAUUUUGUAUCGAGUGGCAACAGAUGAAACAUAUGCUCAUACCACAGCGGUGGAUGAUCUGCUUCAACUCCAGCUGCACAAUACUUCACCUCCUCGCACUGUCAAGGUGGAUUUGGAGAGCCAGACUGCGAUGAAGUUGUCCCGCAGAUCUUCACUGCUGUUCAUAGUUUUUCUGGUGGACUUGAUCAUCGCUCUCUCGGACUUUCACUUGGGCAGUGUGUCCCAAACAGAUCAAGCAGCCAGUGCCUAUGAGACUGUGACAUCUGAUACAUUGACGUGCUACCUAGUGCGCUUGGUUGUCUUUCCCGCUUUGACCCUUUGUGCUCUCUUGGUGUAUCGCAGCACAGAGGCCCAGUCGCCUUUGAGGAAAUUUCAGCAGGCGCAAGAGGCAGAGGCAGCUGCUGAAUCGCCACCAGGAAAUGGCAAUGGCAAUGACCUACGAGUGCCUUUGGCAGAGGGCUCUGUUCCUAUGCAAACCAUGAACGGCGGAAACAGUUCCGCUCUUAGAUCCGAUGGUGUCACUUCCAGCAUUACGAGCUCGCAUGCUUUGACCUCAGGGAUGCAGCUACGGGAAGGUCUUCGAUUCAACAACCUGUUCCCUCGCUGGACUCUGGAAAUUCGCAUGUCCUUCUACAACGGCAUCAAGUGCAUUGUGUAUCACUACGACCCCAGAUAUUUGGUUCUGCAGGGGACUCUCCAGGCGUUUACGAUGGUUAUGAUCAAUGCGGAAUACUUCAUGUUGAAGAACAUACUCAACAAGUACACCGAGGAGCAAGGCGAGUCUCUUGGCCGCAAUGGCCCGCACUACGUGGCCUACCGUUGUCGCACCUGCGAUUUUGAUUUGUGUCCCAGAUGUUACCGGCAGAAAGACAAGUCCAGCGCGCGUGGCUUUGGCGCCCGAUCCCUCCGGGGAGAUGGCGAACAAAUCACCACUUGGACAUACUUCAAGCGAAUCGUGGAGCUGGCGAUGGAUUUCUGGCCCACCCUGGUUGCAGCAGUCGUUGCCCUGGUAACCACACAGAGUUUGCAGAUCGCAGCGCCCAACCUCCAAGGAAAGAUUUUUGACAGCAUCAUUGGAUACCUUCAACAUCCAGAGAUAGGGCGUGGUCGCUUCGAAAGUGCCAUUUUUACCUACCUCAUCGUGUUAGCGUUGCAAGGUGCAUUCAGUGGCUUGAAGUCUUUAGCCCAGGAGCUGGUCCAGCGACGCAUGGCAAUGUCCGUGCGCAUGAAGCUCUUUGCCAGCGUCAUCCGCAUGGACAUCGCCUUCUUCGAUACGAUGCACACGGGGCAGUUGACUUCGCGCAUGACCAACGAUGUAAGUCAGAUGACAUCACCGCUGAAUACACUCUUGAAUGACCUCCUGGCAAAUGUGCUCCUGCUAGUGGGUGGCAUGUUGAUGGCGUUCAAGACAUCAUGGAAGCUGUCAGUCUUGGCGCUGACAAUUGUUCCUCCAAUCACCUAUAGCUACAGAGCCUACGCCAAAUGGGCUCGGAAGGUCACCCGCUCCAUCUACUGCGCCUUGGGCGAGGCCAAUUCCACGGCCACGGAUGCCAUCGGCAACAUCCGCACGGUGCGUGGCUUCUCCACCGAACAAUUUGAGGCGAACAAGUAUGCAGACAGUGUCAACACUGCACUGGGCCACGGAGUGAAGAACGCUUACGUGGGAGCAACAGUCACUGCAUUUUCUAUGUACUUGAAUCUGGGUACAGCGGUGUUGAUUCUGUGGUAUGGCGGACAGCUUGUCUGCGAUUCAAAGGGUCAGAUUAUGAGCAUUGGUUCCUUGAUCACUUUCCAACUGUACUGGAAUAUGAUGAACAAUGCUUUCAUCUCUUUGGGCAACGUCUUCAACGACUUGAUUCGAUCCUCGAGUGCCGCAGAGCGAGUGCUGUCCUUGAUCGAUGCACGGCCAGAUGUGAAUCCAGAUGAGGGAGAAGUCGUGAAGCGCAAUGAAUGCAAAGGAUACCUGCAGCUCAAAGGAAUUCAGUUUCGCUAUCGAUCACGGCCAGACACCCUUGUGUUGAAAGGUGUUGAUGUGGAGAUGCCACCAGGUACAACCACGGCCUUAGUCGGCAAGAGUGGAGGUGGGAAGAGCACAUUGGUUCAUUUACUGAUGCGUUUCUAUGAGCCAACAGCCGGACAAAUCAUAUUGGAUGGCAAGGAUACAAAGUCGCUGUCCUCCAAGAGCGUGCGCGAGUGUUGUGGCUUUGUAGCCCAAGACACCCAGCUCUUUACCUGCUCCAUUGAAGAGAAUCUCGCGUACGGUCUUGGAAGAGAACAUUCCAAGGACCGCGGUCAAUAUCACAAUGACAUAAAUUUGCAGGAAGAAGUCGUCGCGGCUUGCAAAGCAGCAAAUGCACAUGAGUUCAUUCUGGAAAUGGAAGAAGGCUAUGACACUCGUGUCGGAGAGAAAGGCAUCAUGCUGUCUGGAGGGCAGAAGCAGCGCUUGGCUGUGGCUCGCUGCUUUCUGCGAAGACCCAGGAUGCUCUUCUUGGAUGAAGCUACCAGUGCACUUGAUGCCGAGAAUGAAGCGAUCGUACAGCAGGCACUGGAGAAACUCCUUUACGAACUCAAUAGUACAGUGGUUCUGAUUGCUCACCGUCUGAGUACCGUCAUCAACGCCACCCAGAUUUGUGUAAUUCACAAGGGCCUCAUUGUGGAGAAGGGCACCCAUGAUGAAUUGGUGGCGCAAGGAGGUGUCUAUGCCCAGCUCGUGAGUAGGCAGCUGUCGCGAGAUGCAAGCGCCGUCAUGGGUGAAAAGAAAGCAAAGGACGCCAAGAAAACCAACCAGACUGAGAUUGAUGUUCCUUGGCUGAAUCAGGUAUAUGAAGCCACUGCUCAGGAAUUCCCCUGGCGUUGCCACGGCAUUCGGCGACCAGAGUUUGACUUGCGAACCGCACAGACUCAUGCCACGGAAGUAGACUAUGAGCAAAACAUGGGGCGCAUCACCUUGAAAUAUGUCUUCCCAGAAGAGUUGUCGGCGCUGUGUGCGGCGGAUCUUCUGGUGGAGCUCCGCAGCUGGGAGUUGAAAGUCAAGGCUUCAAACAGACCAGACCUUGACUCGUACCUGGCAGUUCUCAAUGGGAGUUUGUAUGGAGAUGUCCGACGAGAUCUCUCCUGGUGGACUUUGGAAAACGAGGGCGAUCGAAUGGUAUUUACCAUUCAGCUGGCGAAGCGAGAGCACAAGGCCUGGAAUGCUGUUUGGAAGCCUGGCAUGAACCAUCAUCGCAAGAGUCACUUUGGCUGGACCCCAGCAACGCGAAGCUUGAAAAAAGCCGAAGAGAUCUUGACAAAGGUCAAAGCUGGCCGCAUCACCAGCAAAGAGGAUGCCUUCGUCAUUCGAAGGGAAGACUUGUGCGCCGCUCUGGAGGAUGGUCAAGAUGACCAGAAAGCCAUCUACAGAAUCCAUCUCGACAAGGCAGCGUUGGACAAGGCGUGCGAGACUGUGUGCCUCGCAGAUAUUUUUGGUGUAGAUGUCAUGGAGCAGUACCUCAAAGUUUUUAUCAGAGGUGAUGAGAAGUCUCCAAUUCUAAUGGGGCAGCUCUUUGACAAGAUUCAGCCGGAUCAAAGCCGCUGGGAGAUCGUGAAGGCUGCUGCUCCUAUGGAGGAUGAGUCGGGAAAGACACCCAGCAACCUUUACAAUACAUGUUUGCAGGUAACCCUCACAAAGGCGAAGGCUUCCAAGAAGCACUGGCCGCACCUGAUGGUAGAAAACGAGUUGGUUCUUCAGAGAGAAGCAGCACCGGCUAUUGAGGAGCUCCAGGCGAAGUCCAUCCGUGCUCCCUCACCUGAUCGCAGCGCUUGGUCUCCACAGGAACUUGCGAAAGAGUUCAAGGCCAAGGCAGAUAGUUGCUUCAAGAGCUCCGGAUGGCGCGAUGCAGUUGUGUACUACACUCGGGCUUUGAGCCACACGCCAGAGGAUGAGAAGCUCCACUCGAAUCGCUCUGCAUGCUAUGUGAAGCUGAAAAAGUUUGACAAGGCCUUGGCAGAUGCAAAGAAAUGUUGCUCCCUGAAGCCCGACUGGUCCAAGGCCUACUUCCGAAUUGGCCAAGCCCAUCGCGGCUUACGCCAGUGGGAGGAAGCCGUGGCCGCGUUCAAAGAAGGGCGGUUUCGAGAGCCGACAAACAAGGAGUGGGAGAAGGAGAUCACGAAGACUGAGGAUGAACAGGAGAGGUGGGAUGCCCAUGUGAGGGAGCAACGAAAGUUGAAGCGCGAAGCCGACCUGGUGACGGAGCUGAAUGAGGCGACGGUUGUGGCCGAAAGGGAGGCCAUGGUGGCAGUGGCUGAGCAGGCUCAGCCAAGAUUUGAAUCUUGA